GCGACAUGUCAGCCGCUGACGAGGACACCGAGUUGAGGGAUCUGCUGAUCCAUACGCUGGAGAACAACGGCGUGCUGAACAAGAUCAAAGCGGAGCUGCGAGCCUCGGUCUUCCUGGCUCUGGAGGAGCAGGAGCGGCCGGAGAACAAGCCCACGCUGGUCAAUGAGAGGCUCCUGCAUUUCUUGAACAGCAGGGAGGGCCGCCUGGUUGCCGGCCUGGUCACGGACUUCCUGCAGCACUUCCAUCUAGACUUUACCCUGGCCGUGCUCCAGCCUGAAGCCAACCUGACCAGCACAGCUGAUGAUCGGGCUCAUGUAGCCGAAGAGCUGGGGCUACCUGAGGCCGAGAAGGGUGGCCCAUUACUCCUAGAGCUGAUCAAACGCUUCCGGCAUAGGGAAGCUCCAUUGAAUGGAGUGCCAGAGCAGGGGCUUCCCUCAGGGCACAUGGCAGAGGCACAGGCCAAGUUUGAGCUCUAUGAUCGGGACAAGAAUGGGGAGAUCAGCAAAGGGGAGCUGAGGGAGCUGUUUGUGGAUCUGUUCCCUCACUUCCACAGGGACAUGCUGGACAGAUACGUAAAUGAUGAGUUCACAUCGGCCGAUAGAGAUUUCAGCAGUGGCAUAGACCAGAAGGAGUUCCUUGCCAUGUACCGGCGUCUGUUCAUCCAAGGUAGGAGUGUUGUGGUCCAGGAGGUUUCUGAUCUCAUCCAUCCCUCAUCCAAACUACAGCUCCAUACCAGGACAGACAACUCCUUCUCCAUGAUGAGCCCUGACAACCACCCAGCAGGCAGCUUUCUAAAGCCACAGCCCAAACUAGAUGAUCACCAGCUGAGUUAUGAAGAAUACGAGGACCACAAACUGGAUGAAGAUGACCCGCAUGAAGAUUCUUUCUUUGAUGAUCCUAUUCCUAAACCAGAGAAAAUCUAUGGCUGGAAGGAAGAAGCUAGCAAGCCUAACGGGAGCCUUUCGGCCCUCCUAAAUUCCCGAGCUGACAGGUCGGAGCCCAACUCCCAUUCAGAGGCACCCAAUAUCAUUGAGGGCAGCCUGCAUAGCUCCUUUAGGGACCUGAGAUCCGCUUCAGAGAAAAUGGCUUCCCUUGAACUAGGAGGCGGUAAUGAGGAUGAAUAUGCUGAUGACUUUAACAGCACGAGCCAGCGCUCGGAUAAAAGUGAAGUCAGCAUUGGGGAGGAUCUAGAAGAGGAAUUGUCCGUUGAUGACCUAACUGGUAGUGACAAUAAACUGGAGGAUUUCACUUUAGACAAUUCUAUAUCUCAUAUAAGUGAUGUUGCAGAUUACUUGGAAGAGGUUUCAUGAUCAAUAGACUGCUUUUUGCGUUGAUAGCUAAACUUAUUUUUAUGACUGAA